UAGAAAAACUUUCUAAUUGGAAAAGUUUAGUAAAAUAAAUAAUCUUUCUUAAUAAAAUAAAAAACUACUGUCAAAAAUGGCGAAAAUGGCAUUUCAACAUGAGGCCGGCACGGCCAUGGAGUGUUUAAGCAUUCCUAUAACGCUACAUAAGGAAAAAGACUAUGACCAAGAAGGAAGAGAAAUCUUAAAAUGUGGCUUUAAAAUUGGCGGUGGCAUUGAUCAGGAUUAUAAAAAGAGUCCCCAAGGUUAUACAGAUUAUGGAAUUUAUGUUACCGAAGUUCACGAUGGCAGUCCAGCCGCCCGAGCUGGUCUACGCAUACAUGACAAAAUAUUGCAGUGCAAUGGUUAUGACUUCACAAUGGUCACCCAUAAAAAGGCUGUCAGCUACAUACGCAAACAUCCUGUGCUCAAUAUGUUGGUGGCAAGAAAAGGUGUUACAUCUACAUAAGGCAUAUGGCCAAUUGGAUUCUAAGCAAUAGUUUGAACAGCUACAAUCACUGUCGAAUCACCAUUGCAACAGCCAGCCUAAGCAAUUGUUAUAUGCACCUAAACUAAAAUGUAUGCUCUCUAGAAUCUAUUUUAACUACAUAAGUUAAAUAACUCGCCUUUUACUUAUGUUUUGCCGAUUAUUUGCAUUGGCAAAAUACCUACAAGGAUCUCUCUAUUGCUUCCUAUCGAUUAUUUAAUCAUUUUUAUAUUUUCAUACGCCAUUGAGCAGUGUAAUGUAUCAAUGUUAUAAAAGUUCUUCAUUUGCUGUUACACUAAUAUUAGUAGAGCUCAUGUAUAUGGUUUAAACUCAUAUUGUAAUGUGCUUUCAUUAAGCACUGCUAAUAAUGGUUUCAUUCAUAGUUUUUUUUUUGUUGUGUUUACCCAGAAUGUUUGGUAUUAUUUUGUUUUUUAUUUAGUCAACUAGCAGCUGAGGUGAUUUUAUUGCCUUUUAUUAUGACUAAGGCAAAGUCUAUAAAACAUUCUGACAUUUUUGAUUUUAUUUAACAUUUCCAUUCUUUGUUAACAUCAAGCCCAUAAUUAAGAUUAAAGCCGUGGCCAAAUUUAAAGCUAUAAGAAAUAUCCAAUAUGCAUUGUCUACAAAAUAAGGAAAAAACAAAAACAGAAAAUACUUGUACCAUGUAAGCCUGAAAAGAAUAUGCAUUUAUCUACAGUAGAAAUUUAAAGUUUAACGUAUACAACAACCACCACAACGCACAAAAUGUCGUCCUUUGCUAAAACUGUUGUCAUUGAAAUGAAUGCAUUCCAUUACAUUCACAAAACAAAUUGCCCUCAUAUUUGAUCCAGAAAAAUCCUCUGAGAAUAUAACUUUUAUAUAAUUUACAUCUACAAACUGAUUGUUUAUAGCCAUUUCCAACUAUAUAGAAUUUAUGCAUCAUACCAUUAGCAAGACCUUAGCUCUCUCUCACCCUUGUAUACAAACGAAAUAGUAUUUUAUGUGAUACCAUAUAUGUGUAUGUUUUUAAUUAAAGAAAAUUAUAUAAAUAUAUCAUUAAUUCUUAAGAACAUUUUUGUUUGUUUUGUAACUAGCUACAGUAAUUGAUUUGAAUUAAAUAAAAACAGUUCAGUUUUUUUGCAAA